AUGAGUGUUCAUUCUGAUAUUUGCCCUGUACUUCCAUCAUUAUUGGAAUCUGGGUCUUAUGUUGCAGGAGGAGGUGAAUAUAUAGCUGAGGACGCGGAAGGUGACAGCCAGGCUGGGGGUGCUCAAACUCAAGGGACCAGCUAUGGAGGAGCUUAUUCCGUGGCAGGAGAUCUCCAUGAUGGAAGUAAAGAUGCGAAGGGCAAUGACCAAACUCAAUAUCAUGACACAGAACAUGUCAGGUGCAAUAGUAUUUAUGAUGUGGCAUGGGGCACUAUAGUUGAAGAUGGUGUCUCAAAUAGCAAUGGCCACAAUGCACUUAAUGCUACUGAAGGUAACAGAGAUACAGAAGCAGCAUCUGCCAACAUAAGUGGGGGGAAAUAUUAUAAAGCCAGUGAACGUUACAAAGCUGGUAAUGAUGCAGGUGACAGCGGAGAUGGAGACAAUGACAAGGCAGCUAUCAGCCAGAACCAAGGCCAUGAUUUGAAAGAAAAAGCCACUUACGAAAGUGAACAUGCUGCAGGUGACAGCACUGAUGGAGUCAAUGAUAAGGCAGGUGCCAGACAGAAUCAAGUCCAUGAUUUGAAAGAAAAAGACACUUAUGAAAGUGAACAUGCUGCAGGUGACACCACUGAUGGAGUCAAUGAUAAGGCAGGUGCCAGACAGAAUCAAGUCCAUGAUUUGAAAGAAAAAGACACUUAUGAAAGUGAACAUGCUGCAGGUGACACCACUGAUGGAGUCAAUGAUAAGGCAGGUGCCAGACAGAAUCAAGUCCAUGAUUUGAAAGAAAAAGACACUUAUGAAAGUGAACAUGCUGCAGGUGACACCACUGAUGGAGUCAAUGAUAAGGCAGGUGCCAGACAGAAUCAAGUCCAUGAUUUGAAAGAAAAAGACACUUAUGAAAGUGAACAUGCUGCAGGUGACAGCACUGAUGGAGUCAAUGAUAAGGCAGGUGCCAGACAGAAUCAAGUCCAUGAUUUGAAAGAAAAAGACACUUAUGAAAGUGAACAUGCUGCAGGUGACACCACUGAUGGAGUCAAUGAUAAGGCAGGUGCCAGACAGAAUCAAGUCCAUGAUUUGAAAGAAAAAGACACUUACGAAAGUGAACAUGCUGCAGGUGACAGCACUGAUGGAGUCAAUGAUAAGGCAGGUGCCAGACAGAAUCAAGUCCAUGAUUUGAAAGAAAAAGACACUUAUGAAAGUGAACAUGCUGCAGGUGACAGCACUGAUGGAAUCAAUGAUAAGGCAGGUGCCAGACAGAAUCAAGUCCAUGAUUUGAAAGAAAAAGACACUUAUGAAAGUGAACAUGCUGCAGGUGACAGCACUGAUGGAGUCAAUGAUAAGGCAGGUGCCAGACAGAAUCAAGUCCAUGAUUUGAAAGAAAAAGACACUUAUGAAAGUGAACAUGCUGCAGGUGACACCACUGAUGGAGUCAAUGAUAAGGCAGGUGCCAGACAGAAUCAAGUCCAUGAUUUGAAAGAAAAAGACACUUAUGAAAGUGAACAUGCUGCAGGUGACACCACUGAUGGAGUCAAUGAUAAGGCAGGUGCCAGACAGAAUCAAGUCCAUGAUUUGAAAGAAAAAGACACUUAUGAAAGUGAACAUGCUGCAGGUGACACCACUGAUGGAGUCAAUGAUAAGGCAGGUGCCAGACAGAAUCAAGUCCAUGAUUUGAAAGAAAAAGACACUUAUGAAAGUGAACAUGCUGCAGGUGACAGCACUGAUGGAGUCAAUGAUAAGGCAGGUGCCAGACAGAAUCAAGUCCAUGAUUUGAAAGAAAAAGACACUUAUGAAAGUGAACAUGCUGCAGGUGACACCACUGAUGGAGUCAAUGAUAAGGCAGGUGCCAGACAGAAUCAAGUCCAUGAUUUGAAAGAAAAAGACACUUAUGAAAGUGAACAUGCUGCAGGUGACAGCACUGAUGGAGUCAAUGAUAAGGCAGGUGCCAGACAGAAUCAAGUCCAUGAUUUGAAAGAAAAAGACACUUAUGAAAGUGAACAUGCUGCAGGUGACAGCACUGAUGGAGUCAAUGAUAAGGCAGGUGCCAGACAGAAUCAAGUCCAUGAUUUGAAAGAAAAAGACACUUAUGAAAGUGAACAUGCUGCAGGUGACACCACUGAUGGAGUCAAUGAUAAGGCAGGUGCCAGACAGAAUCAAGUCCAUGAUUUGAAAGAAAAAGACACUUAUGAAAGUGAACAUGCUGCAGGUGACACCACUGAUGGAGUCAAUGAUAAGGCAGGUGCCAGACAGAAUCAAGUCCAUGAUUUGAAAGAAAAAGACACUUAUGAAAGUGAACAUGCUGCAGGUGACAGCACUGAUGGAGUCAAUGAUAAGGCAGGUGCCAGACAGAAUCAAGUCCAUGAUUUGAAAGAAAAAGACACUUAUGAAAGUGAACAUGCUGCAGGUGACACCACUGAUGGAGUCAAUGAUAAGGCAGGUGCCAGACAGAAUCAAGUCCAUGAUUUGAAAGAAAAAGACACUUAUGAAAGUGAACAUGCUGCAGGUGACAGCACUGAUGGAGUCAAUGAUAAGGCAGGUGCCAGACAGAAUCAAGUCCAUGAUUUGAAAGAAAAAGACACUUAUGAAAGUGAACAUGCUGCAGGUGACAGCACUGAUGGAGUCAAUGAUAAGGCAGGUGCCAGACAGAAUCAAGUCCAUGAUUUGAAAGAAAAAGACACUUAUGAAAGUGAACAUGCUGCAGGUGACACCACUGAUGGAGUCAAUGAUAAGGCAGGUGCCAGACAGAAUCAAGUCCAUGAUUUGAAAGAAAAAGACACUUAUGAAAGUGAACAUGCUGCAGGUGACAGCACUGAUGGAGUCAAUGAUAAGGCAGGUGCCAGACAGAAUCAAGUCCAUGAUUUGAAAGAAAAAGACACUUAUGAAAGUGAACAUGCUGCAGGUGACAGCACUGAUGGAGUCAAUGAUAAGGCAGGUGCCAGACAGAAUCAAGUCCAUGAUUUGAAAGAAAGAGACACUUAUGAAAGUGAACAUGCUGCAGGUGACACCACUGAUGGAGUCAAUGAUAAGGCAGGUGCCAGACAGAAUCAAGUCCAUGAUUUGAAAGAAAAAGACACUUAUGAAAGUGAACAUGCUGCAGGUGAGACCACUGAUGGAGUCAAUGAUAAGGCAGGUGCCAGACAGAAUCAAGUCCAUGAUUUGAAAGAAAAAGACACUUAUGAAAGUGAACAUGCUGCAGGUGACACCACUGAUGGAGUCAAUGAUAAGGCAGGUGCCAGACAGAAUCAAGUCCAUGAUUUGAAAGAAAAAGACACUUAUGAAAGUGAACAUGCUGCAGGUGAGACCACUGAUGGAGUCAAUGAUAAGGCAGGUGCCAGACAGAAUCAAGUCCAUGAUUUGAAAGAAAAAGACACUUAUGAAAGUGAACAUGAUGCAGGUGACAGCACUGAUGGAGUCAAUGAUAAGGCAGGUGCCAGACAGAAUCAAGUCCAUGAUUUGAAAGAAAAAGACACUUAUGAAAGUGAACAUGCUGCAGGUGACACCACUGAUGGAGUCAAUGAUAAGGCAGGUGCCAGACAGAAUCAAGUCCAUGAUUUGAAAGAAAAAGACACUUAUGAAAGUGAACAUGCUGCAGGUGACACCACUGAUGGAGUCAAUGAUAAGGCAGGUGCCAGACAGAAUCAAGUCCAUGAUUUGAAAGAAAAAGACACUUAUGAAAGUGAACAUGAUGCAGGUGACAGCACUGAUGGAGUCAAUGAUAAGGCAGGUGCCAGACAGAAUCAAGUCCAUGAUUUGAAAGAAAAAGACACUUAUGAAAGUGAACAUGCUGCAGGUGACACCACUGAUGGAGUCAAUGAUAAGGCAGGUGCCAGACAGAAUCAAGUCCAUGAUUUGAAAGAAAAAGACACUUAUGAAAGUGAACAUGCUGCAGGUGACAGCACUGAUGGAGUCAAUGAUAAGGCAGGUGCCAGACAGAAUCAAGUCCAUGAUUUGAAAGAAAAAGACACUUAUGAAAGUGAACAUGCUGCAGGUGACAGCACUGAUGGAGUCAAUGAUAAGGCAGGUGCCAGACAGAAUCAAGUCCAUGAUUCGGAAGCCAACAGCUCUUAUCAAAAUAAUGAUAAUGCAGGCAACACCAUUGAUGAUGUCAAUCAUGUGGAAGGUGUCAGCUGCAAUGUAGAGUUUGAUCUGAAAACUAAUGGCUUUAGUGAAAGUGGUCUUUUUGCAGGUGAGACCUACGAUGGAGCAAACAAUGCAGCAGUUGUCAUCUGCAAUAGUGGGCAUGAUUUGGAAUGCAUUGGUGAUGACAAAAAUGGUGAUGCCGCAGGAGGUAAUCAGGAUGCAGUUGAUGAUGUGGUAGGUGUUGACCUUUCUAGAGAUGUUGAUGUGGUUGUCUCUCAUGCCUCCACAGAGGUGUUGUCUGAAGAAACAGCUUUUCCUUUAGAGGGACAAGUAAUCAGUUUUGCAGACCCUCCACCUUUUGCUGCAGCUUUUUCGCUAACUGGAGCCCCAGCUAAAUGCGCAUUUACAAAACAGUGA